ACAGCUGAUUUAAGUGGUGAAGGCUAGGUUUGAGCCCAAGUGUAAUAACUCCAAACAUUUCCACUUUUACUGUCCUGACUCAAUAGUUAAAUUGAAGGGUUUGUCCAUAGAUUAAUGGUUUUUAGACUGUGCCAUAAGGCCCUGUACAGUCCUUUGGGGGGUUGGGCAAACAGUGAAGUAUCUUUUACUUUAGGAUAAUCAGUCACCCCAUUGUUUAUGCACUGUUUUUUAAAUCUGUACAAAUAUUUUUGAUUAAAUAAAGUCCUCUGUAGAAACCUAAGACCUCUAGAAUGAAUGGGUAUUAGAAAAUCAAAAUAUAGGUAGUAGUAAUUUGUAUUUGUCUGUGGGACUAUUUUCAGUAGUGUUUUUGUUCCUAAUGAUGUUUUGUGUAGCAAAAUGUCAAUACGAGGUUGAGGUGGUUUAACACACAUAUUAAGGAGGCUAGGGAAAUGACUGGAGUUAAAAUUUGUUGCCAAAUGUGAGUAAUCUGCAGUUCACUGAAUUGGGUUCACUGCUUACUACUAGCCAUGAUCUCUUUAAUGGCUGUCCAAAAAUGAUGUAAUAACAGGUUAAACUUCUGAAUGCCCUAGCUGAUGCAAUGCAAAUCUGAGGUCCAGGACUUUACUGGGGCAAGGGUAAUGCUUGUUUCAAAACAAAACAAGCUACUCUAAAUUUAAUGAGGACAUUUAAAAUGGCUUUCCCAGAGUGAGGAGGUAAUAUAAUCUGAGUUUGGAGGUUGAAGUAGGAGUUUAAUGUGGUUUAAGUGUGUUUACUACUCUCGCUGCAAAGUCUUUUUGUAGGGAGAGUGGGAGUUUAAAAUAUGGUACUGACAAGAAGUGGAGAAGUGAGUUUGAACUGAGGUAUUUGAUGUGCAGUAAAUAUCAAUAGUUUCUGAAUGAGUUAGGGAGAAUGCUUUUACUCUGUAAAGACAGCACUCACACGGUUUAUCUAGAGUGUAUAAUGUGUGUGGAGAAGAGCACUUUUUCUGGCCACACAUUUUUCAUACACUGUUUUCUCAUACAUUCUCGUACAGCUCUUAGAUUGAAACUGUGAGAAAUUGCCCGUGUUCGACCAUUUUGAUCUACAAAAGUGAAAUGAGCCGUCAGACUGCUACAGCAUUACCUACUGGUACCUCAAAGUGUCCACCAUCCCAGAGGGUGCCUGCCCUGACUGGCACAACUGCAUCCAACAAUGACUUGGCGAGUCUUUUUGAGUGUCCGGUCUGCUUUGACUAUGUGUUACCACCCAUUCUUCAGUGUCAGAGUGGCCAUCUUGUUUGUAGCAACUGUCGCCCAAAGCUCACGUGUUGUCCAACUUGCCGGGGCCCAUUGGGAUCCAUUCGCAACUUGGCUAUGGAGAAAGUGGCCAAUUCAGUACUUUUCCCUUGUAAAUAUGCCUCUUCUGGAUGUGAAAUAACUCUGCCACACACAGAGAAAGCAGACCAUGAAGAGCUCUGUGAGUUUAGGCCUUAUUCCUGUCCGUGUCCUGGUGCUUCCUGUAAAUGGCAAGGCUCUUUGGAUGCUGUAAUGCCCCAUCUCAUGCAUCAGCAUAAGUCCAUUACAACCCUACAGGGAGAGGAUAUAGUUUUCCUUGCUACAGACAUUAAUCUUCCUGGUGCUGUUGACUGGGUGAUGAUGCAGUCCUGUUUUGGCUUUCACUUCAUGUUAGUCUUGGAGAAACAGGAAAAAUAUGAUGGUCACCAGCAGUUCUUUGCAAUUGUACAGCUGAUAGGAACACGCAAGCAAGCUGAAAAUUUUGCUUAUCGACUUGAGCUAAAUGGUCAUAGGCGGCGAUUGACUUGGGAAGCGACUCCUCGAUCUAUUCAUGAGGGAAUUGCAACAGCCAUUAUGAAUAGUGACUGCCUAGUCUUUGACACCAGCAUUGCACAGCUUUUUGCAGAAAAUGGCAAUUUAGGCAUCAAUGUAACUAUUUCCAUGUGUUGAAAUGGCAAUCAAACAUUUUCUGGCCAGUGUUUAAAACUGUUGCAUUCAAUUUCACAGAAAAUAAGGCACCCAUCUGCCUGCCACCCUGAAACUUUUGGUAGGUGGAAGCUAGACACAUGAAGGUAAAUAAAGAGAAAGGCUGUUAAAUACAGGAAACAGUUGCAUGUAGUAACACUAAUAUAUUUAAAAAUAAGUCAACAGUAAACCACUGAAAAAAAAAAAUAUAUAUAUAUACACCCAAGAUGGGCAUCUUUUGUAUUAAGAAAGAAAAGCAUUGUAAAAUAAUUCUGAAUUUUGUGUUUGUUGUAGAUUGAUUGUAUUGUUGGAAAAUGUCAUUUCGUUUCGUUUCGUUUUGUUUUGGCGUGCGUGUGUGCGCGCGUGCGUGCGUUUGAGUUUUUUCCUUUAACUGACAAGCCAUCUUGAGUGGUCUUGGACCACUGCUUUUCCCCUCUGUGAGUCAAUACGUAGUGCUGCUGUGUGGGGUUUUUUUGGGUGUGUGUAUUUGCUAAUUUUUAUUAAUUCUAGUUUUUCAUUAAAUAAAUUUGACUUUCUUUUCUGUAAUUCAGGUUUUUUUCUUUUUUUGUACCUUUAAAAAGUUAGUGUCUUUUUGAUAAUGCCUAAUCGUUUAUGUUAAAGUUUGUGUGUUCAAUACGUACUUUCUUUCCCAUUAAUCAGUUCCUUAGAAAUAUUUUAAAUUCAGCGAUUUUGUGAAGAUAUGAGUUCCAGAAGGCAAAGGUAACAUCAGAAAAAUGAUCAGAAGCUACUUAAAAGCACCUUUGAGAUGGUCUCUCUUGUUUGUUUAUUUCUUUCUUUUACUCUGUUUCUCUUUGAGUCAUACCACCAAACUUACUCUCUGAAAGGUUAGGGAAUACUGGUUUUUAUAAACACUGAAAAAAAAAAUCAGGCUUUUUCCCUUUUUCAAAAUUCUUGAACAAAUCACAUGUCUAAAAUUUGUUCUUGUAUUUAUUGGUUUUAUGAAAGAAGGCAUCGUCAUACACAAUAUUUGUAAUUAAAGGUAAAUCAUUUGUUUAAAAAAAGGCAGUUUGCAAAAAAUAUGUUUUUGGUCUUUUAUAAUUCUCAUUAAAAGAAUAUCUGGCAAAUUUAAAA